ACACUGCAAAUUCACCAAUAUAUACUCCGUUGCCGACGUCUCUCUCUCUCUCUCUCUCCUUGUUGUAGAUAGACGCACCCGCGCUCUCUCUGAACAGGAAUGAAUAUGGCUGGGAAGCUCAUGCAUGCGGUCCAGUACAAUUCCUACGGAGGAGGACCUGCUGGCUUGAAGCAUGUUGAAGUUCCUGUUCCUGCUCCAAAAGAGGGCGAGGUUUUAAUAAAACAAGAGGCAGCGAGCAUAAACCCAAUUGAUUGGAAAAUCCAGAAAGGCAUGCUCCGUCCAUUUUUGCCAUGGAAAUUUCCUUUCAUACCUGUCACUGAUGUAGCAGGAGAAAUAGCGGAUGUUGGUUAUGGAGUCAAUAACUUAAAGCCUGGUGACAAAGUUGUGUCUAUGCUUAAUACUAUGAGUGGAGGUGGACUAGCUGAAUUCUGUGUGGCUAAGGGGAGUCUAACAGUUCCAAGGCCACCUGAGGUAUCACCAGCUGAAGCUGCAGGCUUACCUAUCGCAGCUCUCACAGCUCACAUGGCCCUUACCCAAUCAGCAGGAGUCAAGCUCGACGGAAGCGGCCCGCAGAAAAACAUUCUAGUCACUGCCGCUUCUGGAGGCGUGGGCCAUUACGCUGUUCAACUGGCCAAGCUGGGAAAUACCCAUGUGACGGCGACUUGUGGGGCCCGCAACAUGGAAUUCGUGAAGAGCUUAGGUGCUGAUGAGGUGCUUGACUACAAGACGCCCGAUGGGGCCGCGCUGAGGAGCCCAUCUGGCCGGAAAUACGAUGCUGUUGUCCAUGGUACAACCGGCAUUCCGUGGUCUACUUUUGAGCCUAAUUUGAGUGAAAAUGGGAAGGUAAUAGAUUUGACUCCUGGUGUUAGUACUAUGAUGACUUUUGCAUUGAAGAAGCUCACACUGUCUAAGAAGCAGAUGGUGCCACUGCUUUUAGUUCCAAAAGGUGAGAAUCUUGACUAUCUUGUUAAGUUGGUGAAGGAAGGGAAGCUCAAGACGGUUGUCGACUCGAAAUAUCCUCUGAGCAAGGCUGAAGAUGCCUGGGCCAAGAGCAUCGAUGGUCACGCUACUGGGAAGAUCAUCGUGGAGCCGUAACGUAUGCCCUGUUGGAUUGGUUAUCCAGUACUGGUUUUUGUGUGAUUGAAGAAGCGAUUGUAUAUUCAGACCACAGAACACAUGUAGCUAUUAUACUUUCUGGUAAUUAGGUUGGUUGUGUUCUUCAUAAUCUGUGCUAGGGUGAAAUUUUCGUUUCUUGUGCAGGGCAUUUUUCAUAGUGGAGGCUUUUAUUAAACCCGUAAAACUCAUAUAGGUUUUUUCACAACUUCUACUGUAACAUUUCGACUGGCCUGCUCCGGUUUUGGUUACAAGAGCUUGAUGUGAAAAUGGCAUAGUCAAAAUUAUAUUUUGGCUGGGUACAAUGUCAUUUUGUCAAAAAAUUGCAGACUUGCUUCACCAAUGCAAUGUGAUUUUUUGGCAUAA